AUGAUGCAAAGAAACAUUUUUCCUGAUGUUGUCACGUACACUACUCUCGUAGAUGGUUACAGCCUGGUUGGGCAAAUUGAUAAAGCAAGAAAACUACUUGACUCCAUGCCAGGUAAGGGUUUGAAGCCUUCUAUCGUUAGCUAUAGUAGCUUGAUCAACGGAUAUUGCAAGAAUGGAAAGGUAGAGGAAGCUUGGGGCCUUUUCCUCGAAGUUCCUCGUCAAGGGUUAGAUUACGAUGUAGUUACCUAUAACACCAUGCUACAAGGAUUAUUUUGUGCAGGUAGAUGUGCUGAUGGAUUGAAGCUUUUCAAAGAUAUGCACACUCAUCAACUAAUUCCCGAUGUAGUGACUUACAAUACCUUGUUGAAUGGCUUGUGCAUGAACAAGCAGAUUGAUGAAGCAUUUUGUUUCCUACAGAUAAUGGAGGAACAAGGUGUUAAUCCUGACAAAACUACAUACAGUAUACUCAUCCAUGGAUUGUGCAAGGAUGGAAAAGUUGAGAUUGCAAGAGAUCUUUUCAAUAGCCUCCCUUGUAAAG